CGCGCGGUGCCAGACUUUUGUGCCGCAUAAAAUGGGCUCAAAAUCGUUCAAUUUUCGGAAAACGCAAUCAUAAUACCCCAAAAUUAACCAAUUAUUUAAUAUCAAAUUAUGCAUUCAAUGUGUUUAUAACGUUAGGACGUAUACAAACAAAUAUAGUGUUAAAUCGAUGUAUCGCUUGCAGUCUUAGUUACUGGCCGGAGUGAUUACUCAAUGACGUUGCUUGCCUGACUUGCCCAAGCUAUGGCAGAGUCUAGCUGAAGCUGUAAACCUGCUCGCACUUUGAAAAGGGAAACGAAAAUGCGCUGGAUAUUUCCCGUGCCAGUUCUUCUCAUGUCCUGGCUCGGAGUGGACCAAGUAAAGGCAAACUCCUGCAUUAGAACUGCGUUGUGGGCUCUAAGUCUCAGCCCACUCGUUCAGGCGGAAUGCCAAACCCGCUCGAUAUAUUGUUACGAAUGCGACAGUUGGACAGACUACCGGUGUAAAGAUCCCUUCAACUACACAGCCUUGCCACGCGACCAGCCGCCGUUACAGACUUGUAAUGGUUGCUGCGUCAAGAUGGUCCGGUACGCCAAGUCGCGUGAGUACUCCGAGAAGCCAUACGAAGUAGUUCGGCGAACGUGUACAUCGCAGCUCCAAAUCAAUUUGUUUAUGGUCGACCAUGUUUGCAUGAUGGAAAGUACAGGCAGAGGUCACAUGUGUUUCUGUGAAGAAGAUAUGUGUAAUGCGGCGAAGGCAGUGACACCGACGUUCAUACUAACGCUGUUACUGGCAUGUGCAUGGAGAUGAAGUAGGAUUUUAGAGGGCCUGGUGGAUGAAUCGAUCGAUUAACCGUUUCCAUCGUACGCGUACAUCACUAUUCGUGGCACAUUGUGAAUUCGAAGUCGUUGAAAUAACUGAAUAUUUGGUCGGUUAAAGUUUUGAUUCCCGCAAAUAAAACAUUUGUACAAGAUUAUCGCAGAGUCAGUUAUUUUUUUAUUGGAAAUAAGAAUUUGAAUGUCUAGUAAGUCUGCCAAGGACUGAAAUGUCAAUAUUUGAAAAAGAAAACUGACAUCGAAAAAUACUAAUGAGUAUGCAUAAUAUCAAUAUAAGUACAUAUAAUUACUAAGGGAAUUUUGAAAAUGGUGAUGUAAUCAAUUUAUCGACUCAUCCAACCAGGUUGCCGCCCUAGUGGAUUGACAUUUAAUUACAUUCUUCGUCCAACAUAGCUACGUAGUUUAGUCACUAAAUGCUUAAUUUUUACAACACUAUGACUAAAAUACUUAAAACGUCGUAAAAUACAAAAAAAUCGAAACUAUAUUCAAUGUUUAAAAACAAAUAGAAUAUAACGAUUGAAAAGAUUUUCUUGGAUUUAAAAUUGCAAUUAUAAUGUUGUGGAAAUUAAGCACACUUUUCAUCUAAGCCGAAAUUUUGUCACGUACAGCAUUUUUGCUAUUAAAUACAUUGAACGGUUAUAUAUUUAACAUAGUGCAAAAGUUUUCCAAAUAGAUUUAGCAUGUAUAUUGCUCACACGAGUGACGCGAGUUCCGCUUGGUCCAAUUUUGAAUUCUUGGUCCUAUUCAUAGGGUGCACCUUAAAAUAGCGUGUGGCACUUUUUAGAUAGAUUAAUGAACAAGUUUGAACUAGCGUGAACUGCCAAUAUAUGAGAAUGGAUUAUAGAGUUGACAUUAGAAAUUAGGGCGCCUAAGGAGUAAAACGGUUGUGUUUUAAAUUCAUUUAGUACAACUGGAACUCAAAUGCGACGGUUAACCGGUUUAAUUAAAUAAUAUUAAUUAAAAUCGUGAUACAAAAACAAUAUAAAGAUAUAUAUAUAUAUAUAUAAAAACAUAGCUCAGAACAGAAGAUCAGGCGUUCGUUUCGGAGCCCAAGAUCCACUCAGGGGUAUAUAAAAUCUUGUUUUCUCCCACGUCUGCUAUUAAAAAUUAAAAUUGUUUCACAUGUUUCCCAAUCUACUUUAUAUUGGUUUUAGUAUAUAUGUGUUUGCAUAAUAUUUAUAUGAAAUUCUACUUAUUUUCUUUUUUACUUCUUAUACAAAUAAAAUGAAUUUGGCCGUAUUUAUAAAACUAUAAUUAAGUGACAUAAUUAAUACAAAGAUACCGUAAUAUUAAGACAAAAUCGAUAACGUCAGCCAGGUAAAAAGUAAGUUUUUGUUAUGUUUAACUUUAAUACAUUUAAAUUAUGCAUUACAAAUACAAACCACACAAUUAUUUUUCCUAAAUAUUAUUGGUAUGCUGGCGAGUUUUUUUUUUUUAUUUUUGCGUGUAUAAAAAUUUAAAUUAACGUUUUAUUUUGUCAAGUUUAAAUUAACUAUUUAUUGGAGUGAUUUCUUUUUAUUAACAAAGUGUAUGGUUUGGCUUACGGUGAAUAUAUUAAUGAUAGUGAAACUAAUUGCUAGAAUUUAGAUGCAUAAAAAAAAACCUCGUUCGUAAAUUAAUAUAGAAUACAUAUAGUAAUUUUAUGAAAAUAAACACCAAAUUUUUAAUCGUUAAUGUAUAAUAAUAGUUUAAUUGUUAAGUUUUCAGCUUAAGAGUUUGAUAUACAAUUAGCUGCUAACAGCCUAGGGUACUAUGUUGUACUAUACUAUAUGUAUGUAUUUUUUAAAUAACUUAAAAUAAUAACAUACAAGUUUUAGUGCUGAUAGGUAUAUGGCUUCAGAUGUCACGUCUCUAGUUGUGAAAAAAAAACUAAAGAUGUCUUUAAAAGUGACUAACUUCGCUUCGCUCAAGUAAAAAUACAAUAAAUUUCACAUCCAAACCUUCAUCAGGAAUCGCCCUAUCUAUAGGUGAAAACCGCAUAAAAAUCCGUGCACUAAUUUUUAAGUUUAUCGCGAACACAGA